UUUUCCCCACACGGUGUCAGUCCCGUAUCGUUAACAAGAACCACUGUAGCAACGACUGCAGUCAGAACGACGAAAUUUAUUCCCCGCGAACAAGUCAUUGACUGCGAUCUAGUUGCAUUUAAAAUUCUACGGCGUGAUUAAAGGGAGUGUGUUCUUUCAUAUGUGAUGACGUUUGAUUUGAAGUCUCGCGCUUUUGUUUCUGGAUAAAGGAAAACAAAAGAGGGACUUAUAAACUUUCAUUAUAAUCUUUAUUGUUGCAUUUUCGUAAGGAUUUGUUGUCGAACCAGUUUCACUUUUUCUCAACUGCAUAAAAUAACGAGUUUAUAUCAUGGGUUGAUCAGCAACAAAUGCAAUCCCUCUUUUGUUAAAAUGUGGAUAUGUAAACACUAUCCUGAAGCCUUUUACUAGAUUCAUCACAUUAAUAUACCCCCAUCGGGGGAAAAACGUAACACGUCUGUCAUUCCAGAUACCGAGCACCUGCAAUACUGUCGAUCACCACAGGGGGCACCAAGUCACGCCGCUCUUCAGUCUGAAAGUUUUCCACGCGGUGAUGGAGGCGAUCACCCACCACUAGCGGGGGGAAAGAGGGUUGAGCCUUGAAUCUCGCAGGGGUGACUUGAAGAGAGCAGGGGAGGCGGAUUGAUAAAAAGAAGAGCUGCUGUCGAUGCGUACUCACACCAAGUGUUGGGGAUCGAUCACGGGAGAGCAGGCUUUCCAUUCAUUCAGCGCGCGCGCGCAGCUUUUCUGUGCAGCUCUCACGCACCGAUCGUAAUAGUCUCUUUUUGUACUUCUUUUUCUAUAGUUUUCUACAGCUGAUCUGAACCUUUACCACGCUGCGCUUUUGGGAAGUUUGCUUCCACCAGGCUUGAGUGAUCAGCCGGUAGGGAUUUGGACCCGGGACCGCAUUCUUCAAUGCAAAAGUACGUGUAUGAGAAAGCAAUGGCUCAAGAGACGAGAAACGGAGGAACAUCUUCGUUCAAUAACAACAAAAAUGACGGUGGGAGCGGAAGGAAGAAGCUGCUCAUUGUACUUGACAUCUUCUGUCUGCUGCUCGUGAUGCUGCCAACUGCCAUUCUGCACUUCAGCUUUGUUCCUCCAUACAAGAGAGGUUUUUACUGCAGCGACACAAGCCUGAAAUUCCCCUACAAGAAAAGCACCGUCUCCUCCGCAGUGCUCACCUCUGUUGGACUGAUCCUCCCAGUGGUCGUCAUUGUGAUUGGGGAAUGCUACAGGAUUUGUCAGCUAAAAGAAGGUACCAACUCCUUCGUGGGGAAUCCCUAUGUGGCAGCCCUCUACAAGCAGAUCGGCGUUUUCAUUUUUGGCUGUGCCAUCAGUCAGUCAUUCACUGACAUCGCCAAGGUGUCUGUGGGACGUUUGAGGCCACACUUCUUAGAUGUGUGCAACCCAGAUUUCACCCUCAUCGACUGCACUUCUGACCAGUACAUCACCGACUACACCUGCAGAGGCAAAGAGAGCGAUGUAACUGAGGCCAGGAAAUCCUUCUUCUCAGGACAUGCCUCUUUUUCAAUGUUUACAAUGCUCUACCUGGCUUUCUACCUGCAGUCCAGGUUCACCUGGCGUGGUGCUCGUCUCCUGCGCCCACUUCUGCAGUUCACCCUGUUGAUGCUGGCAUUCUACACGGGUCUGUCACGCAUCUCUGACCACAAGCACCAUCCCACUGACGUCCUGGCUGGGUUCGUCCAGGGAGCCCUGGUGGCCUACUGCAUUGUGUUCUACGUGUCCGACCUUUUCAGGUCCAGAGGGAAACCAACUACCCUUCCACCGUCGCCUAUCAAGAAGGAACAGAACACCUCCGCAGACCUCAUCGACCGCAAGAACCGCCACAACAUGGUGUGAGACAGAAACCUCCACUCUGUGAGCGAGCGGCCCGCCACGGAGCUCCUCGCACCCCAUCGGACAGUAGAAUGUAGCGAAGAGAGACUCUAGCUGCUACUCAUGACGGCAUCCUCCUCUAUUUUGCCACUUUUUAGAUAAGGGUGUCAGAUUUGAGAUUUGCACAGCCAAGUCCACUCUCACUAUCCACACUCACCAUUUACUGUUAACUACUAAUGAGCCCUUUAUGAGCACAAUGAAUUUGAAGAAUUCAAAAUUGAUGAUCCGACAGGCAGAGCUGAAGGAGGUUUGAUGAAGUGAAAACACUUUUGAAGGAAAGAAACAGAAAAGGAUUUAAAUCAGAUUAGCCCCCCACUAUUGGGAAGACGUACUUCUUCUGGUGCUUCCUCCUCUAAACUCUCUGUGGCCUUGUUACACUGAAGGACAACAUCUUCCUCAGCUACAGGAAGAAUAUCUCUGCGAAAGUAGUAGAAAUAGAGUAGAAAGAUAUAACUUAAGCACUGUUUGUAAAACCAUUGUCCAUGAUCACCACUUGCCGCCUGAUGCGUCUCACUACAGGAAGGAUUGCAGAUGCUGGUAUCGAUGUACACAACUGUGCAGAGACUAGCGCCGCAUUUCCCAAAGUGGGCACUCAGUGUGGCCUAAACUCGGGAUGUUGCAUUCAUCUGGGAUUAGAUGUAGGAAAGGGGUUUUGGUGUCUGGAGAAGGCAGAUCUGCCCGGCAGCUUGUGUCAAAGGGAUGGCCGUGCCAUGCUGGUGACCACAAGUACGGGGCCGUGGAUCAGUCUCUCUUUGGGGAGGGACAGUUUUACAGCUAAGCUGGCACAUCGUUUGUGGGAUGACCUGGGCCUUUCCUGCUGGCUGGGAUUGGUUCUCACCCAUCCAAUCACUCAUUGGCAAUGUUUGUCUCUCAAUGUGUGUGUGUUUCCUCUCGGUGUGUCCGAGUGUGUGAGUAUGUAUUUGUGAAUAUGUGUGUGCAAAGUCCUGCACUUUGUCAAAUGAUCCUCUUUAUAACAUGUGAAACCUACCCUUUAUAUGUGUGUGUGUGUUGUGUGUCCAGGCCACUGUGUCAUUUUGAAGUUUAUAAAAACUGUGGAUCUAAUAUUUUAUUUUGUGUGAAGACGCAUCUUUAACCUUGUAUGAUUAUAGCCUGUCCAGUGUAACCUCUAACAAUUGUACAGUACCACGUACACACUCCAACUCAGACAACGACGAAGAACCGCCAUGUUGCACAUCUCUCACCGUAUAGUCCGUCCUAUCAUUUCCCAGCUCGGUUUUCACUUUUAUAAAUAUACACACGACAACGUAUAGGUCAUUAAGAUGUUGUUAACAUAUUUAGAUAUAUCCACUAUGUUUUCAGACCUGUGUUCUUUAUUUACAAAGUGCUGCUUUAAAAGCAUCACCCAGCCGGGUUUUGGAAUUCGGUUACACUACUAUUGUAGAUCGUAAGAGUUAAGAGGUCAGUGCCAUUCACAAAAUCACACCCACAAUUGUAUUGAAGUUUAUUAUAGUAUUUUUGUAUUGUCUUGUUUCUUUUGUACAAAAGAGAUAGUAGUGAUGCUGUUUACUGCUUAAUGUACUCUAAUACUGUGCUUUUGAAUAAAAAAAAGCCUGUUAUAAAUGCA